CUUACUAUCUUUGUUUUUUUUUUUUGAUGAUUUAGUAAUAUCAAUAUAUAAUUAUUUUAUCUUAUUAGUAAGUGUUAUUACCUUAAGAGUUUAAUAAAUACGUACCGAAAAAAUAAUUUUACACCGCUAAUUAAUCACAAUGUGUCACGUAGGAGGAAAGAUAAUUUUUCGUUUUAAAUUCUAAUUAUGUUGUCGCAAAAUUUAAUUGAAUAACUGUGUAAACAAAAUUUAUACUAACAGUGAACGUCCUUUACAAUUCCAUUAUAAAAUUACAUUAGGUGUUGGCCAUAAUAGUAAAAAUAGUUGUUUUGAAUGUCUAGGUUUAGGGUUCGAUUUUCAUAAAUCAUAUUAAUCCUUAACUUUCAUUGUACCCGAAUCGUAAUUGUAAUAACAAUUUAGCAUACUAAAGGAAAAAUUAUUUUAAAAUUGAGAAAUCGCGUUCUUGAAUGUUUGAAAGUUGCUUGAACUUUCCUGUCGUGUUAGUUUGGACGUUUGGGUGUUCACGGGCGCUAAUUAUGGCGCUGCUUAAUGGUGAUGUCGACAAUGGCAUGUGAUUGCAUAAACAAAGUCGUUUUCUUGUUGUGGAAUGCAAGCGUAUAUAUUUUGACUAUUUAUGCUUUUUAUAUCUAUAUAUAAUAAUAUGUUUCUUUCUUUUGCUUCCCAACAUUUUAAAUUUGAUUGAGAAAUGAGAAUAAAGUUAGGUUGAGUUUGUAUUAAGAAAUUUUAAAAUAUUUCUCGAGAAGUAGGUUUGAAAAUAUGACAUUUUUAUACUUUAAUUUGAAACAAUUUUUUUUAAAAAAAUAUGUUCUCAGGCAUUAUAGAUUUCUAAAUAAGUAAAUUAGUCAUGUUGAGUUUACUUUGUAUUAAAAUAUUUCUCACUUGUAUGCUUCAAUGCUUAAAAAAGUUUAGACAGUUAAGCAUUAUCAUGUUCCACGGAAUCUAAUAAAAUGGUAGACUGGUUGGUAGGAAGUUUUCAUUCGUUAGAUUUUGGGUUGCCGAGUUUUAGAGGACCCUUUAGAAUUGCAGACUGAUUGUUCAUGGAUUUACUGAUUGUUCAUGGAUUUUUUAUUUUUCCUUGGAGAGUUGAUUUUAGCAUCCCACCAACCUCAAACCCCACCUCACUUUGAAGUAGUAUUUUCCUAUAAUGUUGGGUGCAUAUUUAUGAUUAUUUGCAUAUAUCGUGACUUAAAACCUCAUACAUAAAAUAUGCAUUUGUUGUCGGGUUAACUUGUUGAAAAACAUACUGAGUUUUAAAAAACCUGAGGCCAAAAACCAGAUGGUCGUGAAGAGCGAGAAGGUCAAAGAAGAAUGAGGGUGAUUUCAGAAAGAAAAAAACGGGUGAGUUUUAGCCCAAUGGAAAAUGAAGUUCUAGAAGAAGCAGUUCCUCAAUAGUACUAUAGUAGCACUACAAUUCCUUCCUAGCUUGUAACGAUUAGAGGCAAGUUGUGAUCAAACACAAGAAGGCCAAGGCAGUAGCAUUCUAAUUUUUGUUUCAAAUCUGUAGCAUAUUUCACUAUUUGAGAACUAAUAUAUAGUUAUAGAUUUGUAUAUAGUUUCAUACAUUUAUAGUGUUAAAGAUUAAAAGAUUAAAGUGUUGCUUCCAAUUUUGCGUGGCUCAUUGAUAGUGUUUGUGAGUUAAGUCUGAUGGUGAUAGGCGAGGCUCACGUUUCUGUUCCGUCACGGUCACCUCUUGCACCCUUGUUUUCUGCUAUUCUCGACCAUGUUUCGUCCUUUGAAAAGUUGGGUGUGGACCCGUUUUGAUCGAUCGGAUCGCCGGCUCUCCUCACUUGUCUGAGGCUGCGUUUGGACUAGUUCCUUUAGUCUUUGUUUUUUCUGUUCGUUUGUUUUUCUUUUAGGGUUUGCUCACAGCUUUUGACAGGGGUUUGGUUGAUGUUUGGUUUUAUGGGUUGUAGGUGUUUUGGGUCUUUGGAUGGGUUGUGGUGGGUGUUUGCUAGUUUUUUAGAGGUUUUUGGGAAGGUUUUCGCUGUGAUGGUUGGUUUUUGUCAGCCUUUUGGUUGAUCAGGUACUGUACCCAUGUUGUUGAGAUGAGUUGUUUCUCAACAUUCUAUAUUAUUAUUUAGGCUUAAUAGCACUUUUGGUCCCCACGUUUCAAAAAUGUGCAAUAUUAAUCCCCCACGUUUGAAAAUAGCAUAAUGGUACCUCAACGUUUAUCUCCGUUAGCAGUUUUGGUCCCUCAGCUAAUUUGCCGUUAGAAACUUAACGUUUUUGUGUGACAUGGCAUUUUUUUUUCUGAUGUGGCAUUAAGACUAAACACGUGAGAAUCACGUGAGCCUUAUCACAACAUUAACCCUCUGAUUUUCUUCUCCCCAUCGUGUUCUUCUCCUCCAAAUCCCCAAUUCACGAACCCUAGCCAUGGGAGGUUCUGGAGCCACACCCAAUUCGUGGGAUUUUGAUGCCGAUUCGCGACGUAGGGUGCAUGAAUCACGAAGCAGAGAUGAUAUUUCCCAUGGGAGUGCUGGGUUUCGCGACAUGUCUUCAACCUCCACUGGUUCUGAGAGGAGGCGAAGAGUUGAGUUGUGCGAUUGUGGUGUUGAAAGUCCACUGGUGACGACAUGGACAGGAGUGAAUCGUGGAAGGAGAUUCUACGGUUGUGGGUUGUUUGAGGUUCAUCGUAAGAAGAUGUGCAACUUCUUUCAAUGGCAUGAUGCUGAUGACAAUGCUAGGAAGAAGAAGAUGAUUGUUGUCUUAACAAAGAAGAAUGAGGAGUUCAAGAACAGAGAGAGAAUCUUGGUUGCUUGUUUGAUAAUGGCAUUGACUCUGAAUCUUGUGUUGUUUGUAGCUUAUGUAAAGAAGUAGAGAUCCUAGGAAAUUCUCUGGUUGAAUUGUACUUAAAUGUGUUGUAUCUUAUGAACCAGAGAAUAGUGACUUAAUGUAACCCCAUUUUGAUUUAA